UACGUCACGAUCAUCUGUUUCUUGUUUUCAUUGUCCUUUGUCCUGUAACUCCAUACGAUUUUCUCAAAAUACUGGCGCUCUGGUGGUGUGGUGUGGACUUUUACCUCUUGCUGCCUCCCAUUGGAAGGAAAACUCUGCGGUGUUUGGCAUUUCCAAUUAUUUGGGGUGAAAUAUCCCUUGAGAUUUCCAGAUACUCAAAAUGGGUCGCAUAUUCCUGGACCACAUUGGUGGAUCUCGCCUAUUUUCCUGUGCAGCUUGUGACACAAUUUUAACCAACAGAAGUGAGCUCAUAAGUACAAGAUUUACGGGGGCCACUGGACGAGCUUUUCUUUUCAAUAGAGUCGUAAAUCUGAGUUAUAGUGAUGUGCAGGACCGGGUAAUGCUCACUGGACGGCACAUGGUGCGUGAUGUAUCAUGCAAAAACUGUGAAGCUAAGUUGGGAUGGAUUUAUGAAUUCGCAACAGAGGAAAAUCAAAGGUAUAAAGAAGGACGAGUGAUCUUGGAACGUGCCCUUGUCACAGAGAGUGAUGGUAUCGAUGAACACAUGGGAGAUGAUUGAGUGCAAGCCAACGGUGGGCAGUUAAAUAUGCCUGCCGUUGCUCAGAAUUUCAAUCUUCCGGCUGUGUUAGCUGUACCUAACAAUGAGCAGGAAGCUGAAGCACAACUUGCUGAAGCAGCCAUUGAAGAUGCUUUUGCCCUUGGUGUAAUACAUCCAGUGCCUCUCCCUCCAGCCCCCUACGUACCUGCUGGUGCUGUGUAUGAAUCAGAUGAUGAUUAUGAAGACCCUGAUCCACCUGUUGAGUUACUUGAAUGAAAGAGGCUUGUUAUUUAUUCUACAAAUUUGUUUGUACUGUAAAUUUGACUUUAUGUAUAUUGGAGGCUAUUUUUAAGCAAAUUUGAUUCAUUGAUCCUAUUAAUUAAUUACCUCUUAUAGAUUCUGAUUCCUGUUCAGAAAACACUAGUCUGUUAUGUACAUUUUACUGGUCUGUUUUCAAUCCUCUCUGACUUGAAGAAAUUUCACAAAAUUCACUAUCAUUUGUUUUUCUUUUACUCCUGUAAGAAAUGAGCGCGUUUCUGGCUACAAAAUUGUUUAUAAGAUUACUUGUCAUGCUAAGGGCAUUAUCACUUUAAUUGUUUGUAAUAUUUCCUCUCCCAUGAACUUACAGUACAUUGUUGUCUCCAAAAAUAUUGUUAUUUAAACUCUAUUGUGCACAAACAGAGUUCUUGUUAUUAUAUACUUGAUGAUAGAAAAUAGUGUUUAUUGUUUGUUGUAAAAAAAUUUUUGUGUAAAUGGAAAAAAAAAUUGAUUACGUGGUUAGUAAACUUUGUAACUUUCAUUUAUUGAAAGAAAUAAUAGAUGCAUUAUUUUACAAUUGAUUACGUCUCAAGGGUCUGGCAGAAAAUUUGAUUAUUUUUUUGGUUUCAUUAGCCUUCUAGCACUCUUCAGAAGGCAUACUUACUAACACUGCCAAGGAAAGUUGCCGUUUCCAGAUUUACUGUUAAUUAAAAUGUGAUAAAGCUCAGAUUGGGCAGUUUAAUGCUCCCAUUGUACAAUUAUUGGUCUACCCAAAUUGUUUGCUGCAAAUGGGUCAACCUCACCAUUGGUUAUACUUUUUUUUAACCCACUGGGGGAACUUAACUGACCCAAUAAGUCAAAUGUUAUUGUGUUACUUUCAUUUGUCUUUGUGAUAAUUACAAUCCAUUUUUGUUUAUCACAUAUAAAUACAAAUCUUUGCUCUUAGUUUCAUAUUUUUGAUUGGUUUUCUUUGCAACGAAGAGAAAUCAUCUCAUUUUGUUUUUUUUUGGACAAUACUGUGACUGUUAGUUUCACAUUCAAUUUAAACCUCUCAGUGUUCCGUACCAGCUCCAAGGCAGGUUCCUUUUGUCACAACUUGAUUUUUAAAAGGAGAACAUUGAAAAGUAGAACUCCUGCUGCUUAUUAUAAUACAUAGUUCCUUUCCAGAAAAACAUUCUAAGAAGAUUGUAAUUUACAAUAAAACAUAAAUUUCCCCCCUUUUUUUGGCAACAUUCUGUGUUGAAUAAUUAAAUUAUUUCUUUGAACUGCCAAUACUAUUGAUUUAUGGUUGUAGUUAAGUUAGUUGCUACAAACUCAGAAAGUCUCUUGAGUUUUUUGAGUUACAUUAAUUGGGUUGCUGGUGUUGUGUUCCUUCUUACUGAGCUGUAUUCCUUGUGUAAAUACCUCCGUAUCUUACUUCCUGUUUUUAUUAUAAACCAUUUUUACCUUGUGUUUAAUCACAAAAAAUAUAUGAGUUUUAACAUGA